UUUUUUACCGUUUAUGAGAAGAGGCGAAAUCUAACUUCAUAAAGUGCAGAAAGCUGGAAAUAUUAGACGUUACUUUUAAACCACCGAACGUUUAUGUUCCCUGACCAUUCUUUUAAGCUAACCAUAAUUUAUUAGCGGCACUCGAUAAAUUCUAAAUAGUACCAAAAAGAAAAACGCCGAUAGAAACUGUAGUGUUAUAAUAGUCAUAACUUCAACAGAAAAACUCUUAAUAAGCCACGGAGGAACAAGAUGGAAGAGGAUCACAUUAACAGCAUCCGUCAGAUGCUCAUCAGCUGUGUGUCUAUUUCUGGAGUAACUGAGGACUCAUGGACAGAGGACAAUAUGAAGACCCUGGAUCAGUUUGUUGUGGAUACUUCUAUCCCAUGCGUGGUGGUCUUCAUGCACAGAUCAAACGGGCUUCAGGUGGACUACAAAACCCCUCUACCUGGGGAAGUGGUUGAGGGGCUGUGCUACAUCAGCCGUGUGCCAGGAGCCAUAAUCACAGAGGAAACCUUCGAUGCAGCCGUACAGUUUGACACGGUGAGGGGGGAACCCCUCCAGAGGCUGCUUCAGGACAUGACCUGCUUGCAUGCCCCCCAAGUUGCCCUCAGCACUUACAAAAAGACAAAUAAGGAUGAAUAUACUAGGGACAUGCAUUGGUUUAUUGCUGGCCUUACUGAUGACUUGUAUAAGAAGGCAGGAAACACGGUUCUGUACAUCCCAGUGGAAGCCCUGCAGCGCUCUGCUGAGGAGACCAGCAAAGACAAGAAGCUGGUGCAGAGACUUGAGACAAUAAUGAUCCACUGGAGCGAUCAGAUCAAAGAGCUACUGAACGUCCAAGAGACCAUGGACACCAGGGACAACUGCGGCCCGCUGCAGGAGAUCGCGUUCUGGAAGAGUCUCUCCACGAAGCUGUCGGAGAUUAGCAAGCAGCUUCUGAAGACGGAGAUCCAGGACAUCCAGAAGAUCCUCCAGCUUGCCAAGUCCUUAUACCUAAAGCGCUUUCAUGAGCUCGCCACAGAAAUACAGGAAUGUUCCCUGCAGGCGGAGUCAAACCUGACCUUCCUGUCCUUACUUAAGAAGCCCUGUGAAGAGCUUUCCCAGCUCAAGCCGAGACAAAUUGCUUCAAAGCUGCGACACAUCGUUGUUGCCAUUCGAACCAUCUGGAACAACUCGCCCCACUACAACAGCAGCGAGAGAAUCACUGGGCUCUUCUGUCAGAUGAGUAAUGAGAUCAUCCGCCUGUGCAGCCAAAGCAUCUCCCUGGACGGGAUCUUCGAGGGCCAUUUGUCAUCCAGCAGGCGAGUCCUCGACGACUGCAUCCAGUGCUGCCUGUCCUGGAAAGAAACUUACCUGCAUGUCUCACAGCUUCAUCACAAGUAUUCUGAGAAAGCCUGGUUCCUGGACCAAGCAAGGUUUUUGGUGGGGAUUGAUGCCUUCAUUAUGAGGCUCAGAAAUCUGCUUGAGGUCUGUGACUGCCAGCACCAGUUCGCCCGUUGGGAGGACGGUCAACAGAGAGACAUGCCAUGCUUCAGAGGCAGCACAGGACCAGAGCUGACCCGCAAGCUGCAGAAGAUAGAGGCCAGCUUCCAGGGUAGACUGCAGAACCUGCGCUCCUUUGGCAAGGGGGUCCUGGAUGUCAAAAAUCCAACCUGGAAUGAGGAAUUCAACAGGUUUUGUACAUUGGUGAAGGAUCUGGAAAUGAUGACGCAGGAGCUGAUCAGCUUAGCUUUUAGGACCGUGAGCACAGUUCAGGAAGGAGUCAGGCUUCUGGACAUUUUCAGUCCAAUGUCAACACGCAAGGCCAUAAAGUGCUCAAUGGAGGAGAAGUCAGAGGAAGUGUACAACAUCUUUAGCAAAGAGCUCAAAAUGGUGAACAAGGUCCUAAACUGGAUGGAGUGGUCCUCUCCUGAUCACGUUCCACAGAUUGUGGGACAAGUCAUGUGGGCCAAGUCCCUCAGGCAUCGCUUAGAGAAUUCCAUGGAGAUCCUUCAGAAGUGCCCCUUUAUGCCGGAAUCUCCAAGCCGCAGGGAUAUAUUUUUUACCUUUGGCCAGACGGUCCAGCUCUUGGAUGAGAUUGUGAGGAAAAACUUCUUUGACUGGACCCAGAACUUGGAUGGACAGUACUUGAAGAAACUGCAGCAGCCUCUCCUGGUUCGCUGCAAGAACGCUCCCUUCAGGGUGGAUAUCAACUUCGACAAAGACCUUUCGAGACUGUUUUCUGAGAUCUGGUACUGGGAACGAAUGAAGUUCGAGAUCCCACAGAUUGUGUCUGACUUGUACCAGAGCAAGGCGGAGAUCCAGUUCCUGAUGGAAAGAGUGCUGCUGCUCACCAGAAACUACAACAGGAUUGUUGGAAUGCUGUCCCCGGACGAGCUGGGUAUGUUCCGGCAACGGGUCCGUUUCAUUGACAGGAAGAUGGAGCCCGGCAUGACCAAGCUUCUGUGGUUGUCUCACGGUGCUUCUAACCACUUCAUCAACGAUUGCCUCCUCCACGUCGACAAGGCUCAGUCACUGGUUGAUGGUUACAAAUUCUCCAAUCUGUCCAUCUCCAACCUUUGUAGGAAGAUUAGUGAAACGUUGCUGGUUAAAAUAGAUGGGAAGACCGUGUACAGAAACCUGGAGUUUGAGGAUGACCAGGAGUCUCACCAGCAGAGCCGUCUCCAAACGCUGCGCUCAACACACCUGGAAAUCGUUCAUAUCAUGACUCAGAUUCACAGCAUCUUUGCCAAGGAUGGAGCUGAGGUCCAGGAGCAUUGGGUGGCAUAUACAGAGAAGGUGGACCGUAUAGUCGAGGAGGCGUUUCGGUGUAACAUCAGGGACUCCAUGAAGAAGCUAUGCACAGCCAUCACUGGGGAUAACAAGACAUCUCCCAACCCACUGUUCAAAGUCCUUGUGGUUCUGCAGCGGACGUGUCCUCAAGGCAUCCCAAAGCUGGGGUUCUCGCCGACUCUGGAGAAGCUCGAACAGAUUGUGAACAUUUUGCCUCAGCUCAUCGGUAUCAUCUCAGAAUUUAAACGUCUCCCUGAGAUUCUCUCCUGCAAAGAGUCUCAGGCCAACCCUAUACACGUCAAAAUAGGGCAAGACGAGCGGAUUAAAAAGACCCAGGCUGCAGUUACAGCGGGGAUGUCAGCCAAUGCCAGACAACUGAAAGACUAUUUGAAGAGCUGGAACCAAUACAGGCACAUCUGGCAGAAUAACAAAGACUACAUCAUGCAAAAGUACAAGACAGCCAACAAAUCCGUAUCUGCUUUUGACGCAGAUAUACAAAGAUACUCUGAGAACGCCAGCAGUAUUCAACAGGAAGAGACGGUCUUCACCAUACAGUUUGUGAUGUUGGACUGCUCGCCGCUCAAGUCCUCCCUGGUGCAGGACUGCGGCGUGUGGCAGAAAAUGUUAAAACAGCUUCUCAGUCAGAUGGCAAGCAGCUGUCUACAAGAACUUUAUGCCUCAAUGCAAAAUAACGCCGACAGGCUAAUGAAACCUCCCCAGACACUGGAUGAGCUUAGCGACAGCCUCACUCUUUUGGAGACCCUCAAGGGCGAUUUGGCAAACAAUGAAGCUCAGAUUACUCUUAUCCAUGAACGGUUCGCCAUCCUCGACAAAUACGAAGUCCCUGUGGAAAGUACCGUUCAGGCCAUGCGUGAGGCGCUCAAUGAGAAGUGGGUUUGGUUUCAGCAGGUGUUGAUCCUCAGUGACAAAAGGCAGCAGAAAGACAAGGAGAAGUUUAAAAACAACCUUUUCCUCUCCUUUGAGGAACUUAAGAACAAAGUUGACGCUGCUGCGCAGGAGUUCAGCAUCAAAGGUCCCUUUCAGAGUACCUUAAGGUCCGAUCUGGCCUUGAGACAAAUAGAGGAACAUCGUGUCCAACUGGAGGCUCUAAAACAGGAGCAAAACGACAUCUUCAGUGGGCUGGCCUUCUUCAGAAUCAAACAACCUCCCUGUAAAAUGAUCUGGAUGAUGGACAAGGACAUGGAUCAGCUCCAACAGGUCUGGGAAAUUUCUCAGGAUUGUGAUGAAAACUGGAACAACUGGAGGUCCGUUCAUCUGACAAAGCUGCAGACACAGAGCAUGGAGAGCAAAACACAGGACAUGUUCAGGAAACUCCACGUCCUUCAGAGAGAUCUCAAGAAUAAAGAAUGGGAGAUAGUUCAUUUCUCCAAGAUGAAGAUCGAACAGUUCAUGCAGAUCAUCCCUGUCAUUACUGACCUGAGGAAUCCAGCCAUGAGAGACAGACACUGGAGGCAGAUCUAUGAGGAGCUAGAGCGCUCAUUUGACCACUCCAGCGCUGACUUCACCCUGGAGACGAUCAUCUCUCUGAAAAUGGAUCAUUACGCUGGGUCAAUAUGUGAGAUCUCUGGAGCUGCCAGCAAGGAGCUCUCCAUAGAACAGGGUUUGGAGGGCAUUAAGAAAACGUGGGAAGAAAUAUUCCUGGACAUCACACCGUACAAAGAGGAGGGCCUUUUCCGGCUGAGGGGAACUGGAGACCUUUUCCAGACGCUGGACGACAGCCAGGUGAUUUUGUCCACAAUGAGGGCAUCCUGCUUCGUUAAAGCCUUCGAGCGAGAGGUGGACCAGUGGGAACAGCAGCUGUCCCACAUGCUGGACGUCAUUGAGAUGAUCCUCACCGUGCAGCGAAACUGGAUUUACUUGGAGAACAUUUUCCAAGGAAAGGACAUCAGCGAUCAGCUUCCUAACGAGUGCAAAGAGUUCGCAGGCAUCAGUGACAAUUGGAAAACCAUAAUCGGCCGUCUCCACAAGAACAAGAAUGCCUUGCAAGGAACACGCCAUCCUGGCUUGCUAGAGAAUCUGUCCAACAUGAGCACCAAGCUAGAAGAAAUCCUGAAGGCCUUGGAUGUGUAUCUGGAGAACAAGAGGCAGAUCUUCCCAAGGUUUUAUUUCCUGUCAAAUGACGACAUGCUGGAGAUCCUGGGACAGUCCCAGAACCCUGAAGCCAUGCAGCCUCACAUGAAGAAGUGUUUCGACAACAUCAAGAGCCUCCAGCUUGACAAGAGAUUGAACAAACAAAAAGCCAAUGGGAUGUAUUCAUCUGACGGGGAGUUCAUUGCAUUCACCAGACCAAUUCAACUGGACAUACCAGUGGAGAGUUGGCUGUGUGAUAUUGAGAAGAACAUGCAGAGUACCCUGAAGGCAUAUCUGAACGACUGUCUGGUCGAUAUGAGGAAGAUCACAGGAUCAAGAGACAAAUGGGUCAAAGAGUGGCCAGGACAGCUGAUUAUUACAGCGAGUCAGAUCAAGUGGACGUCUGAUGUCACCAGAUCUCUCAUCAUCAACAAGGAGAGAGAGGACAAAUCCUCCCUAAACUCACUAAAGAAGAAACAGGUCUCUAUGCUUCAAAGCUAUUCAGAGAUGAUUCACGCCGACCUGCCAAAACUCCUACGUCUGAAGGUGGUGGCGCUCAUCACAGUGGAAGUCCAUGCUCGGGAUGUUAUCGAUAAGCUAGCCAAGACCGGCUGCAGUGAUGUCGACGCGUUUGAGUGGUUCUGCCAGUUGCGACUGUACUGGGAAAAGGACAAAGCUGAAGUGUAUGACUGCAUCAUCCGGCAGACCAACACGCAGUUUAAAUACGGCUACGAGUACCUGGGAAACUCUGGGAGGCUGGUCAUCACUCCGCUCACUGACAGGUGUUACAUGACUCUGACCACGGCGCUCCGUCUCCACCGGGGGGGCUCUCCUAAAGGCCCAGCUGGCACAGGGAAGACGGAGACUGUUAAGGACCUGGGCAAAUCCUUGGGAAUGUUUGUCAUUGUUGUGAACUGCUCUGAAGGCCUGGAUUACAAAUCAAUGGGACGCAUGUUCUCCGGCCUGGCCCAGACAGGAGCAUGGGGAUGCUUCAAUGAGUUCCACCGCAUCAACACUGAGGUGCUUUCAGUGGUCGCCCAGCAGAUCCUUUCCAUCCUGUCUGCCCUCUCAGCUGGGAAGUCUCCGUUCCAGUUCGAAGGGCAGAAGAUCCGGCUGCUUCCAUCAUGCGGCAUCUUCAUCACCAUGAAUCCUGGGUAUGCUGGUCACACCGAGCUUCCUGACAACCUCAAGUCCAUGUUCAGACCUAUCUCCAUGGUGGUGCCAGACUCUACUCUGAUCGCUGAAAUCCUGCUGUUUGGAGAAGGCUUUAGCAACUGUAAGCUACUGGCUAAGAAGGUGUUCACACUGUACUCCCUGGCAGUGCAACAGCUGUCCCAACAGGAUCAUUAUGAUUUUGGUCUUCGUGCUCUCACCUCUUUGCUUCACUAUGCUGGAAAGAAACGCCGCCUUUCCCCCAGCAUUGUGGAUGAGGAAAUCCUUUUGAUGGCUAUGAAGGACAUGAAUAUUGCUAAGCUGACCUCUGCAGAUCUUCCGUUGUUUAAUGGGAUCAUCCAGGACUUAUUCCCUGCUGUGGACACACCUGUCAUAGAGUACGGCAAGUUGAAGGAAGCUAUUGAGAUGGAGCUUCAGCGGAGUUGUUUGCAGGUGACUCCGUUUACGGUGACUAAAGUCAUUCAGCUUUACGAGACCAAAAACUCCCUACACUCCUCCAUGCUUGUUGGCAAGACGGGCAGCGCCAAGAGUGUUACCUGGAGGACCCUGCAGCAGGCCCUCACAGCUCUGAACCAGAAAGGAGAGCCUGGCUUUAACCAGGUUCAGGCCUAUCCUCUGAAUCCAAAGUCGAUGAGUCUUGGAGAGCUGUACGGAAAAUAUGACCUUCCUACUAACGAGUGGACCGACGGAGUGCUGUCCUCGCUCAUGAGAUCAGCCUGUGCAGAUGAGAAGCCAGAUGAGAAGUGGAUUGUGUUCGACGGGCCUGUGGACGCUCUGUGGAUUGAGAGUAUGAACUCUGUCAUGGAUGACAACAAGGUGCUCACUCUCAUAAAAGGAGAGAGAAUCUCGAUGCCUGAGGAGGUGUCUCUUCUGUUUGAAGUGGAGAACCUGGCAAUGGCCUCUCCAGCUACCGUAUCCCGUUGUGGAAUGGUCUACAACGACUACGUUGACCUUGGAUGGAAGCCAUUUGUGCAGUCCUGGCUGGAAAAGCGACACAAAGCUGAAGUGGAACAUUUGAAAAAUGCGUUUGAUAAAUUUUUGGAGCCCACAUUAAACUUUAAGAAGACCCACUGUAAGGAGUUGAUCUGCAUUACUGAGCUCAAUGGUGUUGCGUCUCUCUGCCGCCUCUAUGACUCCCUGGCUACACCCAUCAACGGGGUGAAUGCCUCAGAUACAGAGAACUUGGGUAGGGUGGUGGAGCUCUGGUUCACCUUCAGCCUCAUCUGGUCCAUCUGUGCCUCCGUAGAUGAGGACGGACGCAAGAAGGUGGACAAUCUCCUACGAUCGAUAGACAUCACCUUCCCGGUCAAGGAGACGGUUUAUGAGUACUAUGUGGACCCAAAGCAUAAAUCCUGGGUUCCUUUUGAAGAUCAGCUUCCAAAAAGCUGGCACUACAAUGCUUCCGCUCCAUUCCAUAAGAUUAUGGUUCCUACGGUGGACACAGUUCGCUAUAACCUGCUGGUUCAGGCUUUGGUGUUAAAUCAGCACCCAGUGUUGCUCACUGGACCUGUGGGCACUGGAAAAACCUCUGUGGCCCAGAAUGUCCUCCAGGGGUUGGACAAAAAGUGGACUUCUCUCACUAUCAACAUGUCUGCUCAGAUGACCUCCAACAACAUCCAGGCCAUCAUAGAGAGCCGAACAGAGAAGAGAACCAAAGGCGUGUUUUUCCCGGCAGGCGGGAAGCAGAUGCUGUGUUUCCUGGAUGACCUCAACAUGCCGGCCCACGACCUGUUUGGCUCGCAGCCUCCGCUGGAGCUGAUGCGCUUUUGGAUCGACUAUGGCUUCUGGUACGACUGCCAGAAGCAGACCCCAAAGUAUGUCAAGGACAUGUUCUUGCUGGCAUCCAUGGGACCUCCUGGUGGAGGAAGGACUCAGAUCUCGGCUCGAUUUCAAAGUACUUUCAACCUCAUCAAUAUGACCUUUCCAAAUGAGUCCCAGAUCAAGAGCAUUUUCGGAACCAUGAUCAACCAGAAGCUGCUGCUCUUCAAUGAGGAGGUGAAGCUUGUAGGAGAGACUGUGACUCAGGCCACUUUAGAACUGUAUAAUGCUGUCUCUGCGGAGUUUCUACCCACCCCAGCCAAGAUACACUACCUCUUCAACCUCAGAGACAUCUCCAAGGUUUUUCAGGGUCUGCUAAGAGCUCACCCGGACUACCAGGAUACACAGAAUGACAUGACCAGACUGUGGAUCCAUGAGUGCUUCAGGGUGUUCUCGGAUCGACUCGUAAACCAAAGUGACAUGAAUACCUUCAUUGCUCUCCUGGAGGAAAAACUGGCCUCACUCUUCAAUAUCACGUUCCACUGCAUCUGUCCAAACAAGCAGCCACCAAUAUUUGGUGAUUUUAUGAAUGACUCUUCUGCAUAUGAAGACAUUGUGGACGUGAAGAAUCUGAAGAAGUUCAUGGAAACGCAGCUAGAUGAUUACAACUUGACACCUGGAGUUGUUCCCAUGAGCCUCGUGCUCUUCAGAGACGCCAUCCAACACAUAACCCGUGUUGUACGUGUGAUCAGCCAGCUGAGGGGUAACAUGCUACUGAUUGGUAUUGGGGGCUCCGGUAGACAGAGUCUCUCUACGAUGGCUGCCUUCAUCUGUGAGUACCAGGUUUUCCAAGUGGAGGUGACCAAACAGUACCGCAAGCAGGAGUUCAGAGAAGACAUCAAGAAGCUCUACCAUUUGGCCGGCGUGGACAACAAGCCCACAAUGUUUCUCUUCAAUGACACGCAGAUUGUAGACGAAUCUUUCCUGGAGGACAUCAACAACAUCCUGAGCUCUGGAGAGGUGCCAAACCUCUACAAGCAAGAUGAGUUUGUCGAGGUGUGUAAUGCCCUGUCAGAGUUUGCCAGGAAAGACAAGGUGGCGGAGACCCGUGACUCGUUGUUCAGCUACCUGAUCGAGCGGGUCAGGAACAACCUGCACAUAGUUUUCUGCAUGAGCCCGGUGGGGGAACUUUUCAGAAACCGCAUCCUGCAAUACCCAGCGAUAGUAAGCUGCACCACCAUUGACUGGUUUUCUGAAUGGCCCAAAGAUGCCCUGCUGGAGGUAGCUGAGAGGUACUUGGAUGGACUGGAUCUAGGCUCUCUGGAGGGGAUCCACAGGAAGGUCGCCAGCAUCUUUGUGACCACUCACCAGUCUGUGGCACAGGUCUCCCAGAGAAUGAAGGUGGAGCUUAAGAGAAAUAAUUAUGUAACCCCCACCAACUACCUGGAGCUGGUAUCUGGAUACAAGAAGCUGUUGACGGAAAAGCGGAGAGAGUUGGGGGAGCAGGUGAGCAAGCUGCGAAAUGGCCUUUUUAAAAUCAGUGACACAUGGGAGAAGGUGGAGGCCAUGACUCUGGACCUGGAGGAGGCCAAGAAGCAGGUGGUGGAGUUCCAGAAACAGUGUGACCAGUACUUAUCCAGCAUUUUAAAACAAAAGGGUGAGGCUGAUGAACAGCAGAGGAGGGUCAGUGAGAAUAGUAAAAAAAUCCGGGCAGAGGAGUUGCAGUGUAAAGCCAUGGCUGAAAAUGCUCAGAUGGAACUGGACAAGGCCCUGCCCGCUCUCGAAGAGGCCCUGAAGGCCCUGGAGUCUCUGAAUAAGAAGGACAUGACAGAGAUCAAGUCUUAUGGACGUCCUCCAGCACUGGUGGAGACCGUGAUGAACGCUGUCAUGACACUUCUUGGCAAAGAGCCGACCUGGGCAGAAGCCAAGCGACAGCUUGGUGAACCCAACUUCAUUAAAACAUUGAUCAACUUUGACAAGGAUAAUAUAUCGGACCGUGUUUUGAAGAGGAUCGGCCAGUACUGCCGGCAGGGGGACUUUCAGCCAGAGAUCAUCGGGAAAGUGUCACUAGCUGCCAAGUCCCUCUGCAUGUGGGUCAGAGUCAUGGAGGUGUAUGGACGUAUCUACCGAGAUGUCGAGCCAAAGCGGGCGCAGCUGAAUGCUGCAACCUGCCAGUUAGCAGAAAAAGAAGCUGCACUGGCUGAUGCUCAGAAAAAACUACAAGAGGUGGCGGAGAAGCUGAAUGAGCUGCAAAAGCAACACGCCGAGAAGCUAGCCAUGAAAGAGAGCUUGAGAAAGAAAUCUCACGAGAUGGAGGUGAAACUGGACCGAGCUGACAAACUGGUGACGGGACUGGCUGGGGAAAGGGUCCGCUGGGAGGAGAGAGUUACUGGGCUUGAGGAGAACAUGGGAUACCUUGUUGGAGACUGCUUGCUUGCUGCUUCGUUCAUGUCCUACAUGGGGCCCUUCCUGUCCAAUUACAGAGACGAGCUGCUCGCCAUCUGGAUGAAGGAGGUUCUGGGUUCACAGAUCCAAUGUGCCCCAGGAUUCAGUUUUGCUGAAUUUCUGUCCAAACCAACAGUGGUGAGAAACUGGAAUGUUCAGGGGCUGCUUUCUGACGCGUUCUCCACUGAGAACGGGCUCAUCAUCACCCGUGGGAACAGAUGGCCACUGAUAGUGGACCCUCAGGGCCAGGCUCUGAAGUGGAUCAAAAAUAUGGAAAUGGAAAGGGGUCUAAAACUAAUAGACUUUCAGAUGCCAGACUACCUGCGGGUGCUAGAAAAUGCCAUCCAGUUUGGAAAUCCUGUUUUGCUGCAGAACGUCCAGGAGGAACUGGAUCCCUUUCUCAACCCUGUUCUCAAUAAGUCCCUGACAUGUAUAGGCGGAAGGCUGUUGUUGAAGCUGGUUGACAAGGAGGUGGAAUAUAAUCCUGAGUUCAGAUUCUACAUCACCACCAAGUUGUCUAACCCACACUACACACCAGAGAUUUCUUCAAAGACCACUGUAGUUAACUUUGCUGUCAAGGAGCAGGGUCUGGAAGCUCAGCUGCUGGGAAUUGUGGUGCGUAAGGAGCGUCCAGAACUGGAGCAGCAGAAGGAAUCCUUGGUGAUCAGCAUUGCUGCUGGCAAGAAAGGCCUGCAGGACCUGGAGGAUGAGAUCCUCAAGCUGCUGAACGAGGCCAGUGGCUCUUUGCUGGAUGACGUGCAGCUGGUAAACACCCUGCAGGCUUCCAAAGUGACAGCCAGCAAGGUUUCAAAUCAGCUGGAGAGCAGCGAGCAGACCGAGCUGAAGAUCGACUCAGCCAGAGAGGCCUACCGUCCAUGUGCUCAACGAGCCUCUAUUCUUUACUUCAUCCUGAACGACAUGGGCCUCAUUGACCCCAUGUACCAGUUUUCUCUGGACGCCUAUAUUAACCUGUUCAUCCUCAGCAUAGCAAAGAGCAGGCAGACCUACAACUUGAAGCUUGAGGACCGGAUUAACAACCUCAAUGACUACCACACAUAUGCCGUGUACAGGUAUACCUGUCGGGGUCUCUUUGAGGCUCACAAGCUUCUCUUCAGCCUCCAGAUGUGUGUCAAAAUCCUGGAAGCGGCCGGCAAACUCAACAUGGACGAGUACAACUUCUUUCUUCGAGGAGGAGUUGUUAUUGAUAAGGAUGAUCAGAUGGAUAAUCCGUUUCCCAGCUGGUUGUCAGACUCCAGCUGGGACAACAUCACAGAGCUGGAUAAGUUGCCCAUGUUCCAUGGCAUCGUGGCCUCCUUUGAACACUAUCCUCGAGACUGGAACCUCUGGUUUACCAACCCUGAGCCAGAGAACGCGCCACUUCCAGGUGAUUUGGAGCACAGCUUCAAUGAGCUCCAGAAGAUGCUAAUAGUGCGUUCUCUACGCCAAGACCGCGUGUCUUUCUGCAUCACCUCCUUCAUUGUUCACUAUCUGGGCCCACGCUUUGUGGAGGCACCUGUUCUCGACAUGAAGGCGGUGGUGGAGGAAUCCACCAGCUGCACUCCUCUGAUCUUUGUGCUGUCUCCUGGAGUGGACCCUACAGGAGCUCUGCUGCAGCUGGCCGAGGCCUCGGGGAUGAGCAAAAGCUUUAAUGCUCUGUCUCUGGGCCAGGGACAGGCGCCCAUCGCCAAGAACCUGAUAGAGGAGGGAGUGAAGAACGGUCACUGGGUGUUCCUUGCCAACUGCCACCUGUGUCUUUCAUGGAUGCCGGAGUUGGACAAGCUAAUAAAGCAGCUGCAGGUGCAGAAACCCCAGCCAAACUUCAGACUGUGGCUCAGUUCUUCACCACACCCUGAGUUUCCCAUCACGAUUCUGCAGGCUGGUAUCAAGAUGACCACCGAGCCACCAAAGGGCGUGAAAGCAAACAUGAAGCACCUGUACCAGCUGGUGACUGAAACUCAGUUCAACUGCUGCACCAGACCUGCGGUCUACAAGAAGCUCCUGUAUUCCCUCUGCUUUUUCCACAGCAUCCUGUUGGAAAGGAAGAAGUUCCGGCAAAUGGGCUGGAACAUCGUCUACAGCUUCAAUGAUUCAGACUUUGAGGUAAGUGAGAAUCUGCUCUGUUUAUACCUGGAUAAAUACGAUGAGAUACCUUGGGAUGCGCUCAAGUACCUCAUCGCUGGUGUCAACUACGGCGGCCACGUCACAGACGAGUGGGACAGACGUCUCCUAACCGCAUACAUCAAUGACUACUUCUGCGAGGCAGCCGUAAAUCAGACCUUCUACAAGUUAUCAAGCUUGCCCACCUACUAUAUUCCCCGCGAUGGUCCCCUGUCAAAGUUCCAGGAACACAUCAACACCCUGCCGCCCACGGAGCACCCGGAGGUGUUCGGACAGCACCCCAAUGCCGACAUCGCCAGCCAGAUCGCAGAGACGCACACGCUGUUUGAUACGCUGCUCUCCUUGCAACCGCAGGACACGGGGGCCAUGACGGCGGGGGCAAAGGCCAGCCGAGAGGAGACGGUUCUGGAGUUGUUGGGAGAUGUUCGUAACAAGAUCCCAUCUCUGAUUGACUGCGAGAGCACCAGGACCCACCUCCAGGACAACCCCUCACCCCUCAACGUGGUCUUACUACAAGAGAUCCAGAGAUAUAACUCUCUGCUGCAAACCAUAAUUUCAUCCCUGGUGGAGCUGGAGAAGGGAAUCAAAGGCUUCGUGGUGAUGUCACCGAGUAUGGAGGAGACCUUCAACUGUAUGCACGACGCCCGAGUGCCCCUGCUGUGGGAGAAGGCGUAUCCGUCUCUGAAGCCCCUCGCCGCGUGGAUGCGGGAUCUCUGCCAACGAGUGGACCAGUUCGCACGCUGGGCAGUGGAUGUCCAGCCUCCCAUCCUGUUCUGGCUGUCUGGCUUCACCUUUCCUAACGGCUUCCUCGCUGCCGUGCUGCAGUCCACCGCACGACAGCAAAGCAUCUCAGUGGACACGCUGUGCUGGGAAUUCAUCGUGUCCACCGUGGAUGAUCGCAACCUGCUCACCCCACCCGAGGAUGGAGUAUAUGUGAGAGGCUUGUACCUGGAGGGGGCCGGUUGGAACAGGAAGAACUCCUGCCUGGUGGAAGCUGAGCCCAUGCAGAUGGUCUGUCCAUUUCCCACCAUCUACUUUAAACCAGUGGAAAACCACAAGAAGAUGUCCAAGAAUAUGUACAUGUGUCCCUGUUACUACUUCCCAGUGCGUGCUGGCAGAGCCGGACGGCCGUCAUUUGUGAUCGGCAUUGAGCUCAGAUCCGGAGAUGUGGCUCCAGACCACUGGAUCAAGAGAGGAACUGCUCUCCUCUUGAGUCUAGACAAUUAAAAGCUCACAUAUUUUUAUUAUUAGCUUUCUUAUUGCUUCUUGUUUUAGUUUUUGUUUAUCAACUGUUUUUGUUUCCAAGCCAUAAAGCAGAAAGAUGUGUUGCAUA